GUCAUAUUCAAAGUGAGAUGUGCAGCCGAAUUCAACAAGUACAAGGUCCUGUUGUAUCUGGGCUCCAUAUUUACCAGCCUCCUCUUCUUAGUUGUGAACUUAACCUGUGCAAUGCUCAUCCAUGGUGGAGUCCCAGCCAGCCAGCUGAGGUGGACAGUCCUUGCCCGUGCCCUGGUCAACGACAGCCUCUUCAUCCUCUGUGCCCUCUCUCUGGCCUGCUGCAUGUGCAAGCUGGGAAAGAUGUCUUCAGCCAACGUCUACCUCGAGUCUAAGGGAACAUCUGUCUGCCAGGCGAUUCUUGUGGGAUCUGUAGUCGCUCUGCUGUAUUCCUCAAGGGCUUGCUACAACCUGGUAGCUGUGGCCAUAUCUCCAGACAAUGUUCCUGGUCCUUUUAACUAUGGCUGGGACAACCUGUCAGAUAAGGCGCACGUGGAAGCGAGCAGUGAGGAGUACGUGGUGUUUGGGGUGGUCCUCUUCCUCUGGGAGCUGGUGCCCACCACCUUUGUGGUGCUCUUCUUCCGGGCGCAGAGGCUGAGUCAGAACCUGACUCCAGCAGGGAUGGUCAACAGCCACAGCUACAGCUCCAGGGCCUAUUUCUUCGACAACCCCCGGCGCUACGACAGCGACGACGACCUGUCGCGCCUCGGGGCCAGGGAAGGAGGGUGA